CGGCGCCCGCGCGUGCGCAGUGCGGCUCUCCAUCAUCUCCAAUAUUCCAGUGUAGGAGAAGCAGCAGAAGCAGAGAACUAAUGGGAGCCAUGGGGAAACCACUACCCAACUGUGUUUGGGAACCCAUCGCCUAAAAAGACUCCAUUCUUCUGUCUAAGGGGUUUCUUUCCUGGGAAAUGGACAAAUGUUGAGAAGUUAAUAAUAAAGAACUUUACUUUGGAAGAACGCAGUGCUCCUGAUCCCUGUUCCUUCCCGUCUAGCCAGUCGGAUGGCUCCGAAUGACAGGACACAGUAAUGAAUGUCAUCACGUCGUUGAGUACUGUAGCCAGAAUGCAGCUCAAAGGGUAGGGUCAGCUGUGAGCCCGCCUCACCCUACCCUCCCACCACCCCAUUAGCUCCACCAGAGAGCAGACUCCCACAUCGAAGCAGAAUCGAGCAGCCCCGGACCUUCUCUUCCAACCCUCCCAGCACUGACACCUCCACCACGUCUCCGGAAGACGGAACAUGACGCCGGUUCAUGUCUGAUACAUACACCUCUGAGGCGUCGAGCGUAAAACCAGUGGAGCAAUGAAUGGCGGAAAGGACUGUGAGGCAGGAGAUGAGAGGCAGGCCGUCCCUGUCCAGGUCCCCAUUGGCUGGCAGCGCAAGGCGGAGCAUGGCGGGGGCGUCAUGUAUGUGAGUCCCAGUGGCUCGGUGCUGUCCAGCUUGGAGCAGGUGAAGACCUACCUGCUCACAGAUGGAACGUGUAAAUGCGGCCUGGAGUGCCCGCUCAUCCUCCACAAGGUGUUCAACUUCGACCCAGGGGCGGCUGUCAAACAGAGGACAGCGGAGGACGUGAAAGCAGACGAAGACGUGACCAAACUCUGCAUUCAUAAGAGGAAGCUCCUGGCUGUAGCCACACUGCACAAGAGCAUGGAGACACACCCGCCUCUGGCGUUGAGUAGCCCAGGAGGAGGUACAUCACCUGCGGUUGCUUUGCAUUCUACAACUCAACGAGCAAUAAGGUCUAAAGCCCACGAAGGGUUGCCCAAUGCUGUUGGCCCCGAGUGCAAGAACCCGUUCAAGAUGAUGAUGGCAGCCGGACAGCAGCAGCAGAGGUUGUAUCCAUCUCAGGAGGCAAGUGGAGCCCUGCAGCCUGAGCUUUACUCUGGAUACCCCCGGGCACAGAGGUUAUCGAGUGGGGAUCCUGGAACUAAAUCUCCGUAUCGGGCGGGGUAUGGGGGCAUGUUGAGCCCAUCUUCCUCCAGUGCUAAACUGUAUGGAGAUGGAUCUCAAUCUCCCAAAACAGACACUCUGGGCAGCCCUGAGGGCUUUCAAAGGACCAAUCCUUGUGGGUUCCCAGGAGCCGGUAGUCCUGGUUCAUCAUCCAUUCAUGGGAACACUAGGACUCCUCUUUCCCCACCCAGUGUAAUGCUUCAUGGCUCUCCUGCAGGCCAGCCAUCCUGUGCGAUGUCAGGAAGGACUAGCACACCACUCUCCCCUACGGCCACUGCCAAAAGCCCUGUCAUGAACAUGAACAUGCCACGGGGGAACUUCCCACCUGGCAUAGAUCUGCCUCGAGCAGCAUUUCAUCAUAAAUCUCAGCCCCCUGUGCAUCCUGUACCUCCCCCACCAUCCAUACCACCACCCUGUGCUCUUCAGAAAAGGCAGUUAACCUCUGAAAAAGACCCCUUAGGGAUUCUCGACCCCAUCCCUAACAAGCCAGUUAGCCAGCCCCUAACCCAUGCCCCCAACCCUUCCACCUUUCAGCCCAACAUCCACUCUCAGGUACAAAUGAUGAAUGUAAACAUCCCCCCUCCUGUCAUUGUUCCCCUGCCAAGCAACUUACCUUUACCCACAGUGAAGCCUGGACCUGUGGGCCAUGGUGGCAAUGUGCAAAGGAUUCAACAGAGUGGUCCUUCCUCCUCCAUGUCCCCCUCCCCUGUCACUUCCCCAGUUCACAUGGCUGGGCCAGCUGUAGGAAGAAUCGAGGCCUCACCUCAUCGCUCGCGGUCCUCCUCCACCUCUUCCGAACAUGGGAGCUUUGCAAUGCCCUCGGGUCACCAGGCCCCAUGUGCCACAAUGAAGGUUCCACCUCGUUCUCCCAGGUCGGCUAUGGGAUCUCCCCGGCCGGCCAUGCCCUCAAGCCCCUCCACCAACAAAACCGACCCUCUCCACCAGUAUAAAGACUCCCAGCUGCUGCCUGGAUUGGGAAACCCAGUGGGCACCCAUCAGCACAGCAACUCCAUGUAUUCACCCACCUCGUCCUCAUCCUCUCUGGCAACUUCCAGCGCUUCCCAGAAGGGCCAUCCUGGACUCCUUGGAAUGCCCCUGAACCAGAUCCUGAACCAACAGAAUGCGGCUUCCUUCCCAGCCAGCAGUCUCCUCUCAGCUGCCGCCAAAGCACAGCUAGCAAAUCAAAACAAACUUGGCCCUGCUGGCAACAGCACUCCUGGCAUGGCUGCUGGCGCUGCGGUCGGCAUGCCGGCCAUGGGGGCAGCCGGUGGAGGUAACAGUGGGGGUGUCAUCUCUCGAGGCAUGGAGGGACACAGCACUUUAAAUCCCAUGCUCCCGCCAAACUCCACCAUGCUGCUAAACACUCCAGAAGGUCAGAGUGGUCGGGCAGCGCUUCGGGACAAACUCAUGGCCCAGCAGAGCACGCGUAAACGGAAGCAGUCAUCCAGCAGUGCUGUGAACCAUGACGGUGGUAACAACAUGGUGUUCAAUAUGCUCAACAAGCCAGGCAUGGGAGGACCCCACAUGCAGGGGCCCAGUGCUACAGAGCAGCUGCGAAAAGUGGGCCGAAUGGGAAACCUGCAUCCUAACGCCUCCAUGGCUCAGCUGCUGCAGUCCAUGAGCUGCCACAGUUCCCACAACAUGGCAGGGAACAGCCAUCGCCCAGGUCUCGGUCCUGGUUCACAUGCAGCGGCGCUUCUCUACAACGAGUCCACAGGCAUGCUCCCUGGUGGCCCUCAGCAGAACCUCCUGGUCCAGCAGAGGCUGCGGCCUCCCGGAGAUCCCAUUCAGCACUGCCAGGGCCUGGAUCCCUCUGGGGGCCACCUGGUCCCCCGUCCAGGCCAGUUCCCAGACAUGAUGGUUCAGAUGCAGGCUCAGUCCAUGAACAGCUGCGGGCCUAUGGGGCCAAGCGGCGGACCGAUCGCACCUGACGGGAUGCCGCUGGUGCGCCCCAACACUAAUCCACCACCACUGUCCCAUCCAGGCCCACACCCCACACAGCUCCACAGUAUAAGGAGGACUAACCUUGUGCCACACGGAGGGGGCGAUGGAGGCUGUAACCAGACUGUCUCGGAUUCAGGCUGUGGCAUGGGCACUCUGCAGCCACAUGUCAACGCUGGUGGAGGUCAGCUGUACCAACAGCAGGUCCACCAGAUAAUGCCACAGGCAGUAUCCUCACACCCAGCUUACCAGGGGCAGCAGCACUUCUCUGACAACCCACACUACAAAGACGGCAGCAAUGGCGGCUCCAUGGCCUGCCUCUAUCCAAACUACCAGCAGGGAAUGUUGCCCCACCCACAAUUUGGGGAGGAGCAACCGCCCCAAAGUGAGGGGCUUCCAGUAGGUACACCUGGCUCUGAGAGGGGACCCGGCGGAGGGCCAGAGGUGGUGGAUGCCAUUUACAGAGCUGUAGUGGAUGCCGCCAGUAAGGGCAUGCAUGUUACCAUCACCACCACGGUGAGUGGGACCACGCAGGCCAGUCCGGUGCCCGCCCUCAGUGCCAUGAGUGCCUUCACUUCCAACAUGGGGGAGCCCGUUAACCUCCCCCAGGCAGUCAGCGCAGUCCUGCAUGGGCACCAGGACAGUGAGACGUUAACCCAGCAAGUCAGACCGAGGCAGGUGAGACCGGGACGUGGACAGAAAAACAUGGAUCCAGGGAAGAGCACUCCGGACGGUCCAGAGACCAAUGACUACUUCCGCUCCCCUGGCCGUGGAACCCCUAGAGGGAACUGGGAUGGAGAGACGCCACACGGGGGAAGCUAUGAUACGCAGAACAACCCCUGGGGUGGAGAGGAGUUUCUGGAGUGUUCUACUCAAGUAAGAAGUAGUCCUCUCAUGGAGAGACCAGCCAGUCUGGCCCCUGCCCCACCCUGCCCUGCAGAGGGAUCCAACGACCACAGCCUGCCCAUGCCACACGAUAAGACCUUUUUCGACCGGUUUAACAACUGCAACCGGACCCCCUCCAACUACAAAGAGCGUCUGGAACAAACAGUAGAACGGUGCGCCCACAUCAAUGGCGCCACCCCUCACUUUAACACCAGGCCUUACGGAGAAGCACUGGGCCCCCCGCGGCAGGAGCUGACGGGGGACGACCAGUCACCUGGCUCUUCCACCAGCCUGGAAGGGCCUCUGGCCACACCCAAAGACUACAGUCACUACAACGGUCAUUUCAACGGCAUGGCCCCCAGUCCCUCAGACACAAAGAGCCUAAGCAGCGAGGAGGACGUGCGGCAGCCCGACUCUCCCUCGUCAGAGCUACUCCCCUACCGCCCCAGGACCUUCAAUAUGGGAGAGCUGGUCUGGGGCCAGCUGAAGGGCUUCCCAUCCUGGCCUGCCAAGCUGGCCGGGGACGAACAGGUGCACUGCGCUGCAAUGCAGCUGCGAGAGCAAGCCAAGGUCGAGCCAGAGAAACUGAAAACACUAACCCACGACCUGGAGGCUCUUGACCGAGCCGCCAAGAGAGGCCUGAAACCGAAGCUGAAUAACCCCCUGCAAGCUGCUCUCCACGAGGCCAUGAGUGAGCUCGAUAAGAUGUCAGGCACACUCCCAUCGAGGGACCGUCAGCUGAUGCUCCCCAAACCCAAGAGGAGGAAAAUAUCCAGAUAACAUUGAAUGUGUCAGGCACAAGAACGUCCUCGGAGCGGCCGGAGGCCUCGCUCCGUUUGGCCUCGACGAGGCGAUCUGAGCUCUUCAACAGGUGCUACACGGACUUUCAGUGGUACAAACCUUGUUCCAUGAUAUCAACUUGACUUUGUGACUGACCACAGAAGGUGCUGGAAACUCCAAUCACCAAUACAGUUUUAACUGUAGAGAAAAUAAAAAUAAGAAAAACACAAAAACAAACAUUAAAAACAGUUGCAAUUUGUCUACAGUUCACUGAAUUAACUAUUUUUUUCUAGUAUAAGAUGGUAAAAUAAACAAAAAAAAGCUACAAGCGUUACCUUACAUAUUUAAGAAAAAUAGACAGUCCAAAUAUUUCUGAUACAUUUUCAAUAUGUAUAUAGAUAAUCCUGAAAUUUCCUGCUAUUAAGAAUUGUAUGUAUAUAUUGUACAAUGUCAUGUACAAGCGUACCUAAUGCACAUUUUAUCUUUUAUUGUACAAAAACAAAGCAGUAGAAGUGUACCAAUGUCUUGGUUUCUAUUGAGACGUGCGGCUGCUUCGGGCCGCAUGCAUAGGACAAAUAAGAUGACCGCCUAAAAGCUUUUAUAUGACCAACUGUAAGUCGUGCUGUUUCCCUUCUUUUCUUCAGUCCAGGAUCGGGCGAGUGUUCAUUUCGAAACUAAACAGAAUGAACUUUACCAGCAGAAAGUGUUCCAUGUUUAUUUUUCUCCACCAGCUUCAGCCGAGACAGGAAAGCCAUCGUGUUUACGAAUCCGAUGAGGCGCUUUUAGGAAGGAAUUAUCCACCUUAAAUCGCCGUUUCUGAUACACAGUGAGCUUCGUUAGAAUCAUGACUUCCUCUCUUUUCUCCAUUUUUAUGGUCGGUGGAGCAUGGAAAUUGUCCAGACAGAUUUUUCACAUAUCCAAUGCAAAGUGAUGCUAAAGUAAAACCCUGCGGUUUGAAUUUGAGGCUCCAAAACCCUUAAAUUUAACCCAAAUGUUUAGUUCACAAAGAUAAAUCACAUUUGGGUGGAUUUUUCCUUCACAAUUUCCGCCGUCAUCAUUGAUUUCGAUUGUUCUCAUGCUUGUCUGUACAGUAUUUUAGUUACUUUUACCACAACUAUAGCUUUAGGUGGGCUAACCAACCUCAGAGUUUAGAUCAUGGAAAGGAAACACUAACUUGACGAAAGCAUUUUUCUUCUUUAGAGGCCUUUUUGUUUGUGUUUUUUGUUGCUUGUUGAUGUAAAUUAUUUAUGUACAGUACUCCAUAUUUAUUUUAAGCUUUACAAAUAUGCUAGAUGGCAAUAAUACUACCAAGAGUUGAGAACUAAAGCCUUAUAUGUGUAUAUGUAUGUUUUGUUUUCUGUUAUUUUUGUUUUUUAACAGGUGAACAAUGAUCAUGUAUCCCGUUAUUUAAGAAGUUUGGCGCUCCGAUUUCUCAUUUUGUUACACAUUGUGUCAUGGGGUGUUUUGGUGUAAAGACCAUGUUAUUUAUGAAUAUUAACUUUUAAAAAUGGCAGACGUGGAGGUUUUGAAUGCAGUUUUAACACUACAGUACUGACAGUAUCGGAAACUGCAUCAAACUGCUGCUCCUCCAAAUCAAUAACCUGAAAUCGCUAUUGAAUGAUCAAGUGCAAUAAACCAAGCGAUGGAUCAACAGCAUCUUCAGCAAUCUUCACUUCUCUUGCUUUGUUUGCCUUUAAUCCGCUUUCUUCAGACUUCUCUCUACUCCAUAGUUUUACAGACACAGCACACCUGUUUCAACUUGAGAUGUUUCCUCCGACCAAAGCAGUUCCUGUGUUAAACAAGAUCUUAAACUGGUUCUUAAGAAACACAGCAAAGUACCAGUAGGGUACGCAGUUUAUAAAGAACACUGCCAAAUAGUAGUUAAACGCAGUGUUAAAAGCAGGAUUUAUAAAUACCUGCUGGUGGUUUUAAAACAAUUGACAGUAUUUACAAACAUUGCUACAAACAGGAGUUGCAUGCCCAGUUUCAAACAGGAUUUAUAAACACUAGCUGAGAAGAUUUAAAAAUCUGAAUCUGUUUCUAAAGAACUCCGCAAGCAGGAGUUACACAUACUGUUUCAAUCAGGAUUUAUAAAUAGCUGGUGCUACUGAAAGACCUUUUGAAAAUAGGAAGCGUGCACACUUUUUAAGCAAGAUUUAUAAACGCCAGCUGGUUAGAACUGACAGUGUUUAUAAAGAGGAUGCAAACACGCUUUUAAGCAGGGUUUAGACACUCUAGCUGGUUAUUUAAACAGAACUUUCAAUGUUUAAAAACUGCUUGGUAAACAGGAGUUACCUGCAGGGUUUACAAAUAUCAGCUGAUAGCAUUAAAAGAUCCCACCUUGUUUAUAAACUCUGUUAUAAAUUCAAGACUUAAUUGGGAGAUUUAAACCUCGCUCUUUGAUCGGUUGUUUGCCUAUAGUUCCUGAUAAAAUGCCUUUCAUUUAGACAACCAACACGCUGGUCUUGAGAUGUGGCCGUUUAUUAUGGUGCUUUUGUCACUGGAAACAGGACAAACUGGUGCAAAUCAAGAACAAGCAUUGUUUUAGCACUGGAACUGGUUGAUUGGAAUAACCCCCCAUUAGGAAUUCCCAAUAAAACCUGAAUACAUUUCAGUUGUUUUGGGAUUCUUUGUAAAAACCAAUUUAUUAAAACUUCGUAACCUUUAAGUUAAAUAAUACACUACAAAAUAUCUCACCUUUUUCCAGCUAAUAAAUGCUACAACCCAUAUAGAUGUGGAGAACAGCUCUGGUCCAGACCUACGAGUCGACUUACACAAAUGUUUGCAACCAUUUUCUGUUUGAAGAACCUUUUAUAUCAGUUUGUACUGUAUUUUAUUUUACGUGUGCUCACUCACUACUUUCUGGUUGCUUCAUUCACUGCUUUUCCAUGUGUUGUUUUUUUUUUUACCCUAAACUACAAGGAAAUCUGCCCUCUUUUGAAUACAUGAGCUCUUUCGGUAAAGUUUAUUCUGCUCUUCUGCCCCUAUUUUCUUUGUUUAGUUUUUUUUUGUGUGCAAUGAUGAGCAGGAGCCCAGUUUCAUGUCAGGAACCCAUUCAUGUUCUUCAUGGUCAAACGGUGGAACCAUUUCUCGCCUAUGGUUCUGUGUUGAGGUGUGAGUGUCCUUUUCUUUUAUUCUGUCAGUAUUUGCUUUCUCUUCGGCUUGUAAUUAAGUAUAUAUUUUUCUCACUAAUAUAUACUUUACAAAAAGAAUAGACCUGCGUGAAGUACGGUGUGCAUUUGGUUGCUCUUGUUUAUUUCUUUCCUUUCUGCAUUAAUGUGGGUUAGGAAUAGUGCGUCAGAGUUCAUUAUUUUCACAUUGUUUGGACUUUUUUUUUUUUUUUUUUUUAUGGUUUGAUGUAAACAGCAUUUUUUUGUAAAUAUUGUGAAACAUUACAGGUCAUGCAGUGAUGUAACAUUUUGAAUAAUGUUGCACAGAUGUUUAAGAUAUUAAAAACAUGUUCACUCUUA